AGUUUUUCAGAUGUGUUUAAAAAAAUAAAAUAUCAACAUGAUAAAGAAUGUAAACAUUUUUCUAAUUCUGAAUAAAAAUGUGAAGUAUUUUCAUACAAAUUGUGGUUUACUGUGGAAUCUCCCCAAUUACGCUGAAUUGGACGUCGAUUAUCUUUGUAACGAGAAAAACGUGGAGAACAUUGCUAAUAAUAUUAUCAACAGGAAAGGUGUAGGAAAUAUCAAAGCGGUUAAUGAAUUAAAACUUAAAUUAGACAAUACGCAACCAGAUGAAAAAAAUUAUGAAACACUUAGAAAUAAAUUUUAUGAAGAGUUAUUCAAGAUUCCUAAUAAAACUCACCCCGAAGUAUUCACUUAUGGAGGCAAACCAAAGCUUGUGAAGAAUGUAAAUUCAAAAAAGGAGUUUGACUUCAAACCAAGGGAAUUUCAUGAAAUAUCGAAACGAUUAAACCUAGUGAGAACAGAACAGUUGGGAAAUGUUUGUGGCAAUAGAAGUUACUAUCUUCUUGGAGAAAUGGCUGAGUUAGAACAGGCUUUAGUCAGUUAUUGCCUUGAACGACUUAUUCAUAACAAAUUUCAACUUUUGUCUGUUCCUGAUAUACUACCGAGAGAUGUUGUAGAACGAUGUGGGAUGAAUACUAAGGGAGAAAGAAAUCAGGUUUAUGCCUUAGAUCCAGAUGUCUAUGGACCAGACUUAUGUCUAUCAGGAACCUCUGAGAUAGCCCUUGCGGGAUACCUUACGAAUAAAUUAUUUUCCGAAGAUGAACUACCUUUGAAAUUAGCUGCCGUAAGUCGAUGUUACAGGGCAGAAACUUCAAGUGUGUCGGAAGAAAGGGGAAUAUUUAGAGUUCACGAAUUCACCAAAGUAGAGAUGUUCAUCGUUUCUACACCUGAGAAGUCUGACGAGGCUUUAGAAGAUAUAAGAAUUUUACAAGAAGAGAAUUUUGAAUCAUUGGGGCUUCAUUUUCAAGUACUGGACAUGCCUCCGCAUGAGUUGGGUGCACAGGCUUAUAGAAAAUAUGAUAUCGAAGCUUGGAUGCCGGGAAGAGGUUUAUACGGGGAAAUAUCAAGUUGUAGCAACUGCACCGAUUUUCAGUCUAGAAGAUUUGGCAUUAAAUAUAAAACGAGGGAGGGGCAAGUUGGCUUCGUUCACACCUUAAAUGGUACUGCUUGUGCUGUACCUAGACUGCUGAUAGCUCUUACAGAGACUGAACAAGGCAACAAGGGCACGAUUCACAUUCCCCAUGUCUUGCAGAGGUUUAUGAGAGGGAAAACCUCGAUUGGUAGGCAGAAGAGUGUACCAGAGUUAAAGUUAAUCAAAAAUAAAAAGCAGUAACAUCAAGAAGUAUAAUUAUAAAUAAUAUAAAUUAACUCUUGAUAUUUAAAACAUUUAACGACUUAAUAUAGAUAAUGAUUUGUGAAA